CUCAUGAUGAAUUGGCAGUGGCAGUAUGGUCAAAAUAGGCAAGACGAGACGAGAGGAGUCUGUCUCGAACUCCUUGGACUGCCCUGUUGCGCAGUGGUGUCUCGGGAAGACGCGGACUACAAUUGUUUGUCGCCUGAGGAUUGCGUCGUUGGAUUCCGGCCAAGCUACUGUGCUGUAGCUCUAUUGGUCUGGUUUUUGUUGCCACCCAAGGCAGACCAUAUGGCCAAUAUCCAGGGAGGUCUGUUGACACGCCCUGCACUUAUUUACAGUAUGGCGUUCUGUUUUGCAGCGGACGAAUGUGAGCUGCAAGCAGGCUUCUUGAUUCGAUAUGCUUGGAUCUGCUCGGCGGCCAGCCUGAAUGAGUGCUGGCCUCGAACAGGUAUCCCGCAAGCGAAGGAGCAUGAGGUCUGAUGUACAAUGGCAUGGUAAUGUCAGGCCUUACGAGCGGCGCUAUGGCAUGCCUGCCGUAGUAUUUGCAAUGCAUACCGAUAGAACAAUACCUGAGGUGGCCGAGGACCCAGAAUACAAGGGGGCCAGCCCUAUGCGAGAGGGACGAGGUCUAGAACGUUGUGUACAUGUGCUGGAUGAACUGUUCUCUUGGCAGACAUUGGCGCCCAGAUGAAUUGGGUCUUCUGGAGUACUGUGUCUCAUGGGGUCCUCCUGACUGCAGUGCUCGGAGCCUCAGGCGAGAAAAAGUAAAGAACCUCUCUUUCUGUGCCUAUGAGGACGGGAGUUGCGAAUGGAACGGGUGUCGACCGUCGCAUCAUACUGGAGGACAACAAGGGUCACUCUCUGGGUGUCAUUUUUGCCACGGUUUGGUCAUACUAGUACGGUAAGUGCUCUGCUCACCUUGAUGCAAUACCGGCUGGAUCUGUGUCGGGAAUUUUUGAACUUCCUAGGUAUGGACUCAUGCGUCUUGGAAAGGAGCAGAGCUGAGAGAAGAAGGACUCUGAAUUCUGUACUGGUACUAUACCUUGUGGAGUUCCCAGGCCAAUUGGAGAACCGACGGCACUGGCGUUGCAGUGCAGUGGACGACAAGAGCCUGGUGCGUCCCUUGAUUUCUGUCUUGUUAAGAUGUUGUGGAUGGGUGUUCUGUUGGCCAUGGCCAUGCCCAAGGGGAGCACCAUUCUCUCAAUAUAUUGAGAGCAAACAUCAAGGAAUCAGAGCCGGAUCUGGCAUGAGAUGGGCCGCUUUGCUGUUUGUUGUGCUGAGAGAGAUAUCACGACAGGUUUGAAUUUGUAACAGGACAUCAUAUUCGGAAUAGACGAAAUCACCCAUUUCUUGGGCGUAUAGCAUAAACUUGUUUUCCUGCAAUCUUUUGUAUGAUAUACCUAAGUCUACUAGUUGGAGACAAAACAACUUGAGCAAGAGCGAUGAUGUAGGGAG